AAUAUCUACAAUUCUCUGCAGUUACUCAGCUGCUGAACUCAUAUUUUCUUCUUGUGCUUCUUCGAGACCCAAAUCCAAUCCACCAAAUGGAUCAGAAAUUUGAUUCUGUGAAAGACCUUUCUCUCAUUUCAGAGAAGAACUGGUGCAUUAAAGUAAGAAUUUUGAGGAUGUGGAAGGUUCCGUCAUAUGAAAAGAGUUACUCGCAACCUUCAAUGGAGUUGGUUGUAAUUGACAAAGAUGGAACUCGGAUCCAUUGUUUCAUCCGGUCUAUCCAUUACCGGCUUUUUGAACCUAUCCUUGAGGAGGGAAAGGUGUUUGUUGUGGGCAACUUCACAAUGGACUCAAACACACAGAAAUACAGACCCACCAAGCAUAGCAUGCAGAUCAUAUUUAAGAGGGACACAUUGGUCUCCGGUGCUGAUGGCAUGGAUAUUCCAAUUGAGUCAUUUGAUUUCGUGGCAACCAAGGAAAUCUUAUUGAUUUUGUUGGUCUACUAUCCGCAAAGAGUGAGUUGA